UGUGUUUGCUACUGGUCCAGAGCGGGCCUGUGAAUCCGCAACAGAAACCGUGCGGAGAGUUACAAAAAUGGCGGCUGGAGCGACAAGCGGCCACGGUGGUCGUGGCUCGUCUGCCACUUUGGAGUCAUCUUUGGACCGCCGAUUUCAAGGAGUGACUAACACUAUGGAAUCAAUACAAGGAUUAUCCACCUGGUGCAUCGAAAACAAAAAAUACCACAAUUUGAUCGUGCGGUAUUGGAUGAAAUGGCUGAGAAAAUCUGAAGCACCUCACAGGCUGAACCUGUUCUACCUCGCCAACGAUGUCAUUCAGAACUGCAAGAGGAAGAACGCCAUAAUCUACCGCAACUCCUUCGCUGAGGUUCUGCCAGAGGCAGCCCUGCUGGUCAAAGACGGAAAAGUGCGCAAGUCCGUGGAGAGAAUCUUCUCCAUCUGGGAGGAGAGGAACGUCUACCCUGAAGAGCUGACUUCAGAGCUGAAAGCCAGCCUGGUGAAGAAGGAUCCGCCUCCAGCACCGGUCAACCCCAAAGCUGCACUGAAGUCCAAGAUAGUUGCUGAAUUUGCACCUCAGACAUUCAUUGAGCAGCUGUCCGCGUAUAAGAGGUCUGUGGAGGAGGCAGAGCUGAAGGAGAAGCAGCUCUCUGCUCUGAGGGUGGACGUGUGCAGCACAGAGGGACUGAAGAGGCUAAAAGACAAGGCUGGCGGUAAGAAGUUCUCCAAGGAUUUUGAGGAGGGCAGCGGGAAGCUGCAGGAGUUUGUGGGCUUCUUGGAGCAGCAGAUGCAAGGAGGGCCCCCCCUGCUGGAGGCACUGGGGAAUGCAGACGUCUUCUACGAGAUGCAGUACAAGGAGGUCAAGAUCGUCGCCAACGCUUACAAGGCCUUUGCCAACCGCGUGUCGAACCUCAAACGCAAGCUCGACGCCCUGAAGGCCACCCUCCCGGACCCCGACGACUCGCCCAUCCCCUCCCCCUCCGAGGACGCCCCCUCCCCGACGGGGUCAGAGUCCCCCUUCCACGGCAUGGGGGUCGGGGGGGCCAAGGGGGAGGGGCCGACGGCCAUGGCCAACGCCAUGGAGACGGACAUUGACGGGCGGGCCAUGGACGACGGGGACGAGGCAGGCAUCUCCCUGGGGGACGUCCCCAGCCCGCUCUCCUCCCCCGGCGGGUCCCACGGUCCGGCCCACGGAGAGGGAGACAACAGGGACGUGGAGGACAUGGAGCUCUCGGAGGACGAGGAGACGGAGAGCACCGGCAUCAUUGUAGAGGAGAGAAAGGAGAAGCCAGCACCUGCUUCUGUUUCCAAGCCCGCUCCCGCUCCUGCUGCUCCUGCUGCUGCACCCCCUUCCCUGUGCACCUCCGAGGAACCCCCUGCCAAACAGGCUCCACUCCCUGCCACCCCAACCCCUACCCCUGUCCCUACCCCUACUCCCGCCCCUACCCCUACCCCCACUCCAACCCCCAGCACCCCUGGAACACCCGCAACUCCCCUCCCAGUGAACUUGGCCAACGUGGACCUGGGCAAGAUCAGCUCCAUCCUCAGCAGCCUCACGUCUGUGAUGAAGAGCACUGGAGUAAGCCCAGUGUCUCGUCCCUCUCCUGGGACCCCCACCACCCCUUCUGCCCACGCCUCAGCCCUCAAGCCCCCCAACCAGUCUCCUGGGGCUUCCCAAGCUGCUAACCCUCUAGCCAGCAUCCUGUCCCGCGUCGACAUGAACCGAGAGGGGAUCCUCAGUGCCCUGUCCAAAACACAGGCCCAGAGUGCAGGGCUGCAGGGUCUGUCCUCCCUCCUGCACAGUGUGGCUGGAAACGCCUCCACGGGGGCCAGCAAAGAGCGCCCCCCCAAUUCCACCGCCGCCGCACCCCCCCACGGGCACGGCUACCCUGUCCCCGAGACCCCCCCUUCCUCAUCAGCCACGGCGCCGAGCAAGACCCCGGCCACGCCCACAGCGCCAAAGCAAAAACUCCCGACGGGCAACAGCUACAAGCGCGAGCUGGACCGCGAGAGGGGGCGGGAGCAGGAGAAAGAGAGGGACUCUGCGGCCGCCGUAUCCGCCUCCCCCACCAGCCUGGAGUCCAAGAUCCACAAGUUCCUCCAGGGCAACCCCGGGUUCAGAGGCCUGGGCCUGAGCAUACCCAUCCUGGGUGGGGGCCCGGGGGGCAGCAGCGACAGCCCCCUGCUGGGCUCGGAGAACGUGGACGGCACCCCCGUCCGGGACGAGACCGGCGGCACGCCCACGCAGGACGAGAUGAUGGACAAGCCGGGCGCAGAGUCCCUGGGGCUCCUGUCAGACCCCGGGCCCUUAGGGGGGGCGAAGGCGCUGCCGGGGCCCGGGGGUCACGACCUCUCCCCCACGGCGUACCGCAGCGACCCGUGGGACGCGGCCAUCUCUCCCCAGGCGCUCUUCGCCCAGGCGGAGGAGCGCGACGCCGAUUACCGCUCGGCCCGGUACUCCUUCGGGACGGACAAGAAGCCGGCCAAGUCCGCCCUGAAGGCCAAAGGGGAGGACGCGGCGAAGAGGAAGACGGCGGGUUCCUCCUCCUCCUCCUCCUCCGCCCACCAAGACCCGAAGCCGGGCCACACGAAGGCCAGGAAGGAGGGGCACGGGGGCGGGAAUAACUUGGGCAAGCCCGCCUUUUACGACGGCGGGGGCGGAGAGAGGCGAGCGUCCGCGGGCGGCGAGCCCCACCCUCACCACUCGCUCCCCGCCUCCGAGCGGCCCAAGAGCACGGGGGCGCGGAAGGACGAAGGCAGCAAAGAGAGAGAGGGAGAGGGGGAAGGGGGGAAGGAGAAGGCUCCGGGGAGCGCGUCCCCCGUCCACCGGAUCGAAACGGUGGUGUCCUCCACCUCCUGCGGGGAAGGCGCGCCCAUAGAGACGCUGGGGUACAGCAACCGCCGGAUGUCGGGCGAGAGGAUUCAGACGGUGGAGAGCAUUCGCGUGAUUGGCCGAGGGCCUGGAGAAACCAUUCUCUCCUCUUGAGCUCCUCCUGAGUGGGGAAGUGAAAGGGAAAAGAUGGAAGGAUGAUCUAGAAGGAAGAGAGGGGUGGCGGUCUGGAGGAUUUAAGAAAAACAAGGUGGUUAUUUAUUUCAUUCAGUUUGACUCAAUUUGACUUAAUUUGCCUUCCUGUGGUCUCAUUAAAGCGACCUGUUGUGCGAUUAGUCAAACAGUCUGAGGUUAGGCAGGCGUGAAACACGGCCCUUUCAUGUCCGGAUGUGGUAUGAAGUUUCAGUUCAAAAAGUGUUUUCUCCCUAUAUUUCAGUUAUUUAUUUUUUAUUUGUUUUACUACAUGGAUUUCUCCUUUGUGUGAGUGCAAUAGAGUACUUGAUAGAAGUUAUUUUUCCUCUUCAAAACAGGCUUUUCCUGAACCACAUUGUUACAUAUGGGGGAUGUAUCAAACCAUCCUCUUAAAUAACCAUCUCUUGAGUUUUAAAAAUGUAUGCUGAAACCCUACCUCUCCAUCCCCUUCCAGUAGUCCUGUCCAUUUUCCUCUCUGUAAAAUAAUGUAUAUAAAAAUAGUUCAGUCUUCCUCCCCUUCUAUAUAUUUCAAACACUUCUGAAUAUAUAGAUUGAAAGGGGUAGGUUGUGUUCCUCCCAUUGUUGUCUGCAAUUACUCUUGUAGCUGGGGACAAAUGGUUUGCAAUCAUCACUCUUCUAACUGUUGUUAUCAUGAUUGUGAAGCGCUAGUUUAAGCAUCAGUAUAACAGAAACCUGUUCAUUCUGUACAUAGUAUAAAUACAGCUCACCUGCUCUCUUGCCAUCUCCUGGCUCUGAGUGAACGGAAGUAUGUCUACGAAGAAAAACACUAUCAGGGUGAGAAUACGUGUAAUGUUGAGUUGACAUUAUGCGAGAGAGCAGUGCAUUACAGAAAGGUAAUCAAGAGGGAAUCGACAAGCUAAUAAACUUACUAGAGGGUGCUCUGAGAUUGAAAAAAGAAAAAAAAAAGCUCUUCCAGCGCUCAUAAGGCUUUUACAUGUACUGACUUUAAUAAAAACCAGAGUUUGAAAACA